UGUAUGGCAUUGGUAAAGGUUGUUGAGCUGAUUCUUUGGUUACCCAAUCAUUUCUUGCCGCACCCCCAUACAAUUAUUAUUUAUUUUUUAGUACAUUUGCUGUGCCAUUUAUUUUAGCAAAUGUAUGUGUUCAAGGUAUACGGUGGAUUUAUUAGUAUCAUUUUUAGUGUUUAGAGAUAGAUUAGUGAGGAGAGCAGAGGCAGAGAGAGUGAGAUAGAGAGAUGGGUCUGCUUAGCAACAGAGUGGAGAGGAAUGAGAUCAAGCCUGGAGACCACAUCUACACCUACAGAGCUGUCUUCACCUACUCACACCAUGGUAUCUUUGUUGGGGGAAGCAAGGUGGUCCACUUUAGACCUGAGAGAAAUCUGAAUUCAGGCACUGGGACAUCUUCUAAUUCUGACUUAUAUGAUUCAAGAUUCAGUCUCCCAUCAUCCUGUUCUACCUUUCCUGACUGUGGAUUCACGCAACCCAAUAGUGGUGUAGUUCUCUCUUGCCUGGAUUGUUUCCUUGGAAAAGGAUCUCUGUACUGUUUCGAAUACGGGGUUACCCCAUCAGUUUUCCUUUCUAGAGUGCGGGGUGGCACGUGCACCACAGCAACAUCUGACCCACCAGAAGUAGUUAUCCACCGAGCAAUGUAUCUUCUUCAAAAUGGAUUUGGAAAUUAUGACGUGUUUCAAAACAACUGUGAGGACUUUACAUUGUAUUGCAAAACUGGUCUUCUGAUAGCAGACAAACAGGGGGUUGGAGGAAGUGGUCAAGCUUCAUCUGUCAUUGGUGCCCCAUUAGCCGCUAUUCUUUCUUCUCCUCUGAAUUUGCUGAUGCCAAAUCCUGUUGGUGUGGCUACAGUAACAGCUGGGAUGUACUGUAUGAGCAGGUAUGCAACUGAUAUGGGCGUUCGAACUGACGUGAUCAAGGUGGCAGUGGAGGACUUGGCUGUGAACCUAGGUUGGCCAGGACCUGACAAGGAAGUAGCCGACAAUGAGGCUUCUAAGCAACUGAUUGCCAUGUGAUGUAUGUGAAGCUGAUUUAUAAAUUAUAUAUAGUUAGUGUUGAUAAGCAUUUGUUGACAUUCAUAAGUGAACUUCUGAUGUGGGUAUUGAAUGCUAGCCCACCUCUGUUCACCCCCUUUCCCUCUAAAUUUGUUAGUUAUUGAAUGCUGUUUGGUCUUGUGCUGUGCAUGGAAAUGGAAUGAUAUAAGAACUAUACUCUCAUUGCGGAUUAAAUAAAAGUAUUGGCGAUGGGUGGUCUUCUAUAGGUA